AUGUUCACUGUCCUUCCAUCAAGCUGUUGCGGGCCAAGACUUGCGAAUGCUGUGGGCAACUUCGUGAAGAAAGCCGCCAGUUUGGGCGAGAGUGCUGAAAGCUACAAAUCGAAGAUCGACGGCCAGAUCCAGAGGCUGGAGACCCAAGUCGGGGAGCUCCCCGGUAAGGAGCACCACAAGGAACGCACAGCCCUUGGCAAGAAGGUCUCAGCACUGAAGGGCGAAGAUCGAUACAUCGAUGCCUGCAGAGUGGUGAAGGGACUCAUGCCAGUUCAUGGUAAUUUCACAAACGAGAUCCAGGCUGCCACCACAAAGAUGUCAGCAGACGAAGCGGCUCGAAUCGCCCAAGAAACAGAGGAGGCACUGAUGCAAAUGGAACCCGUCCAGAAGCCGGAGCCUCCACAGGGUGACCACGAGAAGCGGAAGAACUGGCAGGAUCGCCUUGCCAUCUUGGAAAAGAAGGUGUCAUGUGAAGUCAGCCACAAGACCACCAGUACUCAGCCUGCAGUCAGCAGAGAGGAUGCUGAAGAACUGGAGGUGAUUGCACAGGAGGUGGUCGACUACAAGGAGACACUGAAAAAAAACUCAGGCUACACCAACAAAAGCCUCAAGGCGGAUCAAGAGCUUGCGAAGAUCGAAGAGCGCCUUGACUACUUGGCAGAGUUUCUCUUGCUGCCCCAGCGCUUCAUGGAGAACGGUCCUUCGGUGGAGUGGACGCAAGCUGACGGCAAGAAGGAGAGAGAACGGCAGUUGGCACGGCGCUUGGCCCGACACCGCGAAGCUUCGGGAUUGAGCCCCUCCGAAGCGAAAGAAGUGGAGGAGUCUCUUGGAUGCACUGAGCUCCUGGUGAGGCUGGCCGAGCGCAAGGCCUAUCUGCGAACCGAGGGCUAUACAGAGAAAGAGCAGGAUAAGGCGAGCGAAGCGAAAGCGGCAGGUGAACAUUGGAGAGAAAUAUAUGAUAUGUGUAAUGAAUUGUAA